GCCAUCUGUUGACGUUUGUCUUAAAAAGUAGUUUUUUAUGGAUAUUUGCUUUAAAUUAUAAGAAUUUAGAUCGAAAGAUGUACGAUUUUGCGUAGUCUGUAAGUUAACUUUACUAACGUUAGUCAGCGGCUAUUUCGAAGUUUCAGAAAAAUGGAGUCAGACAAUGAGAGGGAGCGGGCUGUGGAGUCCUUUAAGGCUUUUAUGAUGAAAAACAGCACUAAAACAAACUUAAACCUGUAUGACCAUCUAGUACAGAUGUUGACCAAAAUUAUGGAUGAGCGUCCAGAGAAUGCAGUCGAUGUGAUCGAAGACAUGAGUCUUGAUCUUAAAAGAAGCAUCCUUCAGGAGAAGCAGGACACCUUGCGUGACAGUCCAUCCUCAUCUGCAGCUCUCUUAUUGGCUGAGCAGCAAAAAUCUCUGUUCUCGCAAGGGGUUGAUGAUGGUGAUCAUGAGGAAGAGUUGGUGGAUUCACCUCUGCCGAAUGUGGGAGAACUUGCCUUCUUCUUUGAGCAAGCUGGUGUGGGACUGGGAAGAGAGGAGACGCAGAGAGUCUUUCUGGCCUUGAAACAGCUGGUGGACACGCAACGUGUCCAGCGCUGUCGAUUCUGGGGCAAGAUCCUGGGCACACAGAGCAACUACCUUGUGGCAGAGGUGGAAUUCAGAGAGGGGGAAGGAGAGGAAGAAGAGGGGACGGAAGAGACACAUGAGGAUGAGGAGAAAGAGGAAGAGACACAUGAGGCCCAGAAUGAAAGUGAAAUGGUAGAAGCUGCUGAUCCACCCCCCAAAUCAACUUACAAGCCACCUCCAAUAGUACCAAGGGAAGAAAACCACACGGGUGUGAACAAAUUCACUUAUUUUGUGUGUCAAGAGCCCGGCAUGCCCUGGGUCAGACUGCCGUUUGUCAUCCCGGCUCAGAUCACGGUGGCACGACAAAUCCGCAAGUUCUUCACAGGCAGGCUCGACGCUCCGGUUGUGAGUUAUCCCCCCUUUCCUGGCAACGAAGCCAACUACCUGCGUGCCCAGAUCGCACGCAUUUCAGCCGGCACCCACGUCAGCCCUGUGGGAUUCUACCAUUUUGAAGAGGAUGAAGGUGAGGACGAGGAAGUGCGGGACACUUUUGAGGAGAAUCCUGACUUUGAGGGCAUCCAUGUGAAUGAGAUGGUGGAGUCGCUGAAUUUAUGGGUCCAUCAUGUACAGCACAUACUUACACAGGGCCGCUGUGUGUGGAUAAACCUUACAAAGAAAUCAGGGGAAGACCUGGAUGAGGAUGCAGAGGAGGAAGACCAUGAAGAGGAAGCUGAUGAGCCAGAACCUGAGACUGGACCUCCUCUUCUGACGCCUCUUUCUGAAGAUGCAAACAUUAACGACACAUCGCCGUGGAGCUCCAUGACAUCCUCUAACCUCAUUCCUCAGUUUUGCAUUGCUGUGGUGCGCUCGAACCUCUGGCCAGGAGCUUAUGCUUAUGUUAAUGGAAAAAAGUUUGGAAACAUAUACAUUGGUUGGGGGAUGAAAUAUCUUGGAACAGCCUACACUCCAGUGAUGCCUCCCCAACCCCAGAGUGAGUACCCCAGCGGUCCUGAAAUCACAGAAGCCCUGGACCCCACUGUGGAGGAAGAGCAGGCUUUGAAAGCUGCCCUGGAGGAGCAGACGGCUGAUUUGGAGGAAACAGAAGAACUGGAAGAUGAUGAGGAAGAUGAGGAUUAAAAUGGUCAACGGUCAAAUGGAAAAAAAUUAUAUCUGGAGUUCAUUUAAAGGACAGACUUAAAUACAAUCCCUUUUGGUACAAUCGUGAUUGUGCUGAAAUAGAGUGAUUUUAAAGUGAUAGUUUACACAAAAAUAAAAAUUCUGUCAUCAUGUACUCACUCUCUUGUCAUUUCAAACCUGUGUGACUUUCUU